AUAGAGUGCCGAGGGAAACUCGGUGACUCGGUCGCGUAACGCGCGUCAGUCGGUUGCUAUGCGUCCGGGUGAGGUGGCGAACGCGGCGCGCGACCCGGAUCACCGUCCCUGAAGGGAACGGAAGUGUCCGCGCUCUCAUCCCGGCCGCUUGACGCGGGAGGCGGCGACGGCGGCAACGACGGCGACGACGACGACGACGACGACGACGACGACGACGGCGAGAGGCGAACGCGUACACUCGCACGCUGUCCAAUCCUUUCCCCGGCGACGGCGACGACGGCGACGGCGACGGGAGCACCUAUCGUGCGACGCGAUUAGACACCCCCCGGGCACGAGCCACGAGCACAUGGUCCGGCGACCGCGACGAUCAUGAUCGCGUACCGAGCCGCGCCGAUCAUCGGCCUCGUCUUCGUCGUCCUGGCGGCCACUUUCGAUCGCGGUGAAGCGAUAAUAUGUUAUCAAUGCAACAGCGAGUACGACCCCAGAUGUGGCGACCCGUUCGAUUCGUACAGUUUGGGGACUGUGAACUGCAGCUUUCAGCCUCGUCUGGAGCAUCUCAGCCACUUAGAGCCUACUCUUUGCCGAAAAAUCAGUCAAAAAGUGUACGGCAAGGUGAGGGUCGUCCGCAGCUGCGGCUACAUCACGGACGAGAAGGACAACGGCGAGUGCCUUAUGAGGAGCGGCACCCACGAUGUGCGCGCGCUAUACUGCUCGUGCACCGGUGAUCUGUGUAACUCCGUCGAGAGUCUCCGCACGCCGUCCCUACUGCCACUGGCGUCCCUCCUGACUGCCGUGCUGGCGACACCGAGCCUGCUCCUAUCGUGCCCGACCGCGCCGCUCCGUAUCUCCCUCUCGACGACCUAAUUCUGCCUAGUCUCGUUCGAGUCGCACCCCGAGGAUUCCUGAGACUCUAUCCCUUUUCCCUUCCGGCCCGUCGUCGCGCCGCCACGGACCGUUCGUAUCCCAGGACUCGCAAUAACCGACCUUCCCUGUCGAUCGUUAGCGUCAAUUUCCCUCUAUGGAUUUCCCCGAUCACAAAGAGAAGAUCGCGAAAGGCCGAGGGAAAAGGAUGUUCCGACUUUCAGUAUCGUAAUUACCGGCUUUCGGCCUAAUUAAACCGCGCCGGACAAUGAUCGAGACGCGUCGAUCAUCUCCACGUUGCUAACGAAAAAAAAACCUCGCACCCCGAGCGAUCGAAUUUUUUCCCCUCUUCUUGUCCCGAAGUAGCCGGAUAUCCGAUAUUGUACAACGAAUCCGACUCGAGAUUGUAUUGGUUUCGCGACGUGAGUUUCGAGGACUCCCUCCGGAUUUCUCGCGCGUUUGUAUCCCGCACGAAGGCCUUGAUGACGCGACGAGGGAUGAAAGACGACGCACGCUUCGCGAUCUUCUCGUAUAGAUAGUUACAAAUUUCCAUUAUUAACGAAGAGAUUUUAGAUCGACUCCCUUCCCCUCCCCGACGGUGUCUUUGACUGCGAACGGUCCGUAACAUAGCCAGAUUAAUUAACGUAGCGUAACGGUGAUAACUGCCAGAUGCGCGAGGGCGACACUUCAGUAGUAUACAUAUCUCUGCGAAAAAAAAGGGAAAAAAAUGAGAGAAAACGCAAAAACGAUACGACGGCCUCUGCGUAAAAGAAAGAAAAAAAGAUUUUAAAAUCGAUCACCUCUCGUGUUACGCCGCGCCGGUGUAUCGCGCUCGUCGCGCAAUUUUCAUUCGGGUUCAAAUCGGCUGUCAGACAGAGGAUAUUUUUUGCACAGGUAGAUUAAGAGGAAUCGAUUAAGAAUUCUUUCUGCAACCAAUUUACUGAUCCCUCUCUCAUUGUUCUAAACGUGUUCAAAUUAUCUUCUCAACGUGUACAUUAAAAAAUUAAUUCUCCAGCAACGUUAAUGCGAUCUCUUAAAUGCGAAUUGCGAGGUCCUCGCAGUUCUCUCGCGAGAAGAAGAUUGAGGAAAUCGUGAAUCUCUGCAGAACGCAUUCCCAUCGAUUCCUGUCGAUUCACCUACUUUCGUAAACGGGAACGAGCCGAAUAUCUUAUCGCGCGCGACGAGCGUGAAUAUCGAGGGUGAGAAAGGCGCAGCAGGGGAAGCAGAUAUCUCACGAGAGAAUUUAUGAUUAGUAAAAAAAACAAAAAAAAAGAGAGUCUCACACGGUAACAAGUAAAAUGCAAAGUAGCGGCAUCGCGAUAACACAUUUUCGCACCCCGCGCCUGCUACCCGCUGAACACUGAUUUGCGUGUCUGUGCAUGAGACUGUGCCUGCCCGGUAUGUGUGUAUGCAUUAAUUACGACGUACGUAUACGCACGCGAAGUAAAAAGUAACAUAAAUAAAUAUAUUUUGUUGUCGGAAGCCUAAAUGGAAUUGCACGCGAGAUCGACGGGCAAAUGCUUAUUUCUAGAGGUGCAACGACACACAUAGCGUUCGCGAAACGGAACGGGAUAUAUAACACGAGACGCAUCCACGUCGGAUCCAAUCGGUCUACUUCAGUAUUAUUUAUCGCGCAUCGUAAUUCAAUCGUAAUAUAACAUAGUUUUUUCUGUUUACAUAAAACGUUUGUGAAACGUCCGAUUAAAUUAUUAUCAAUUUAUACUCAGAAUUACAAUUUAACUAUACAUCAUCAUAAUAAUAAUUUACAUACAGAUUGCAUAACUAGAUAUUAUAAUUUAUUCAAAUGACAAAAUUAAUGAUUAUUUUAAAUUUAGUAGGAAGCAAGAAAUCACGAUGAUGUAAAAGUUUAACGUCGUCGACAAACAAUUGUUUUAUCGAGAGAUCAUGAUCGCUAAUUUAUUGGAAAAUUGUUACGUUCAUCUGGAGCUCUCUCCGAUUCACUUGAUGUCUCUAUUCAAUCGAUCAUCACAUCAUAUCGAGUUUUCCGAACUAAACUGAACGUAAUCUGAACGGAUACGACGUACCGCUUCUUUAAACGAUUCUACGUAUAAGACGAGCUGUGUAAAGAACGGGGAUAGGUAUAAUAUAUCGACGAUAUGCCGGGAGAGACCUCGCAAUUUAGAUGCUGUAAGAAUCGAAGGUCCGCCGUCGCGUCCACGAUUAUUCCGUGUUUCGCGGAACCUUGCAAUAAAUGUAGUUUAAGCCUGAGUCACCUGAGCGUACAAUAAUCGCCGUUCGGUAUGCGUUUCUUCGAAUGCUUGGCAUGUUUGCGCGUCUGUCUGUGCAAUAAUUAAUUGAGCGUAACGCUAAACUCGAUAGCUCAAUUAGGGUCGGUUGUUGCACCUUCGAGUGUCCGAUAAUUUACCAACCAAAGUCUUCUCUGUCUCGUUUUAGAACGCGUGCAUGUUUCGCCGCUAAUAUAAUAGACCCAGGGAUCAGUUGAAACCGACAUUGGAAAAAAAACCGGCCCUCAAUAUUUCGUUAUUGCUCAUUUUGCCUUGUGGCUGACAGAAAGGAGAGGUGUUCGGUAAAUACAGGAUGUUCGGUCAUAAGCGCGUCGUGGUGAACGGCGGUCCAGGUCGGAAACUGAAGCUCUACUUCGUUGCCGAAAUUCAACGAGGUGUUACGUUUUUCUCACGAUUUUGGGAAAUUUAUGUUAAGUAUCAUUAAGUCGAGAUAAUGGUGAAAAUUUUUCUUAGAAUUUCUCAUACAAUAUUUUUCAGGACUUCUAUAUAAAAUUUAUAACUUGUUAAAAAAUUUCUCAGGUUUUUUUAUACGAAUUAGAAUAUUAUUUGGAAAGUCUGCAAUCUUCUACAACAUGAAUUACGUGAAUUCUGACAUAUUCUAAGACUUCUCGUUUUAUAAUUUUCAAAGAAAGUUUAUAAAAUCUGAAAAAAUUUGAUAUUUUUUAAAUAAAUUUUCACAAAAUAAAGUAUAAAAAAAUUGCUAAAAAUAUUGAAUUUUUUUUACCAGGAAAAUCCGUCGAAAGCCAUUUCUUUUCAUAACUCAGAAUCAUGAUAUUUUUAAGAAAGCGUUAUAUAGUAACUGCCAUGUGUAUGCGCCUAAACUGCAAUAAUCGAACAUCCUCUAUAAUACUGAUGCUAAUAAUAAUAGUAAUAAUGAUGGCAACAUGCAGCAACGUGCCGGCAAAUGUAACGAACGAGCAAUAACAUAUAAUGACAAAGUAGAUGGUUUAUUGACAAAAGAAAGAGAGGGAGAGAAAUUAGACGAAGUAGGUGCGCUUGAUCAAUAUAAAUUAUGUCACUCUAGCAGCCCUGCAAAGUGAUCAUUUCUAAUGCUGCUGUUACCACCUGUCGUCGCCGUUAUCGCCAUCGAUAUGGUCGCUAUUAACUACCCCCAGUCAGCCAAGUCUGUUAAGAACAGAUUUUGCGAAGUUCUCUGUUACAAAUUUUGUCGGCAAAAAGAUUUAUAUAAAUUCGAUACAGCAUCUGGCGUAUACAAUGCUCGUUGGCAGAAUUAUAGCGAUAUUUGUCAAUAAAAUACGACGGAAGAUUGAUGGUCGAAAUCAAGUGGAUGUUAACACGUUUUCUGCACAGCUUGAUGUAGACGGAAUUGAAGCAGAAAAUCUGCGUUCGACAGAUUCCGCUUGGUUUCUUGCGGUCGAAUUAUGUCAGCAGGUUUAUGUCCAUUUCUACCAAUGUAUUAACUUUUCCAUAGAUUAACUUUUCUUCUUGGUUUAAUUUAUCUUUUAUCUUCUUCUAGUUCUAAGCAUUAGAAAAAAAAAAUAAAAAGUAAGUUAAAUCGAGAUCAAAGUUAAUCCGCAUUGAUUGAAAUGGACAUUAGUCGGCAAAAUACGAGCUUAACGCAAACGCGGGUGAUGCCAAUUUGCCAGCGAUUUCUGAUCGAAUUUGCUAUCAAUUUGCUCCCACACACUGCGGACAGUUUGCGCUUACUGGGAUAUCAUUAUCAUCACUUACUAUUACUAUUAUUAUUAUAGUUAUUGUUAGUACCGUACAUUACCGACCCGUUGUUACAAAUAAUACCGCUAAUAAUUAUUAUUAGAGCGCAAAUGUGGCAACAACCGUGACGGACGUGAUGGUACCGAUAAGAUUGGAAACGAGGGUGAAUAAAGAUAGGGAAGAAAGGGAGAAAUCAUAACGUGGAUAUAGAAGAAACGAUUUUAAUUCUGGCAAUUGUGACAGAUUUAUAAAUUAAUAUAAAUCACGGUUCGCCAGUGUGUUAAUUCUUCUGCGACAUAAUUAACACUGAAAUCACGCGUGUGUGAUCUUCGUUAAUUUACAAUCUUUCCACCUGACAUCAAACGGAUCGUCCUGCGAUUGUCCGCGACUCCCUUCUUCCCUGUUAUAGAAUAAUUAGAACAAGAUAAACUUUUUGUUAUCAGAUUUGCAUGAAAAGUCGGUUGCGUUAAUCGGGGAAAAAAAACUAACCGUAUCGCUUACAGUUUAUAUUUUAUCGUGGAAAGAAUUUUAUUCAGAUUUUAUCUUUCUUAGACAGAUCCUUGCGUAUAGGAAAGACACAGUAAUAGAAUAAGAUCGCGAUUGAAAUAUCCUUAUAGGUGCAUCGAUGCUGUUUUUUUAUGUUUCCUAAUCAUUCUACAACGACGGAUAUGUUUAUUUGCGCGCUUUCGCAACUGAUUUCAUAUGUAAAUCCGAUAGUGAGAGAUUUACUUCCAAGAAGAGCUCUUUUUCGUCUCCUUCGUCGUUUCGAGAUUGACUUUUAUUCGAUCUCUCGUCCGGGACAGCCCAGACAAUCGGAAGAAACGUGGAGUUCUUGUUGUUGAGACGAUUCGCCUCGUACUUCUUUGAUAUAUGUCGCAAAUAACAAUCGGUUGUAAGCGAUUGGAAACAUCGUCGUUGCGCGACAACUGCGCGGUUUGUUAUAUUUUCGGGGUAACUACGACGAUCGUGUAUCGCAAUAAAAAUAUAAAUAUUCCGCAAUUAUGUAUUGCAUUAAAAACUGUACAUAGAACAGUCAUCGCGAUCAAUUAGCGGGAAUCGCUCGAACAUUAAUUUCGCGAUCUUCUCCGAGCGAAAGAAAAAUUACCGUAGUUGCCGAAUGAUCGGAUAAAAUUCUAUUGCAAAAAAAAAAAGAAAGUAAAAGUUAUAGAAUAGGAAAUGUCAAUCUACAGUUAAUACUAAAAAAAAUAGCUGCCGUAUCUUGAAAGUAGCGACACAGUUAUUACAUUAAUAUAAUAUUGUAAAGUAUCGCGUAUAAUAGAUUGUUACGUAACAGUUUCUUUAGUUAUAGGUCGCUGUUUUCAAGCUGGAGCAAUAUAUCUCUCCGUCGAAACGUCAUGCUUUAAAUUACGAAAAUUAAUGACACGUCGCAUCGAUCGAAAUCGGCCUGGUUAUCUUCCCGAAAAAUGUGAAAUUUACGAAAUUCUCCGAUCUUUCGUACGACUGCCGUUGCUGCCUGCGACACGUAUCGAGAGAAUGCGAUGUAUCUCAAGCCUCAUUGAACAUAUGUUCGUAAUGAUCAUCGUUGAGUGACAUUACAACAUCAUAUAUCAUGUACAGAGAGAAAGAGAAAAAGUAUUCUGCCAAUAAUAAAAGUGUUGAACGAUUAAUAAAAGUG